ACCAAUUGUCAUCACAACCAAGCCUUUCGACACUCUCAUCCAUCACAGUCUUUCAGACUCACAUACUCCCUUUUUAACCACAAACCCCCCCAAACCACAAACCCUCCAAAAUGACUGGCGGCGGCAAGUCUGGCGGCAAGGCCUCUGGUUCCAAGAACGCGCAAUCGCGUUCCUCCAAGGCUGGUCUCGCUUUCCCUGUCGGUCGUGUCCACCGUCUCCUCCGAAAGGGCAACUACGCUCAGCGUGUCGGUGCCGGUGCUCCCGUCUACCUCGCUGCCGUCCUCGAGUACCUCGCUGCUGAAAUCCUCGAGUUGGCUGGUAACGCUGCUCGCGACAACAAGAAGACCCGUAUCAUCCCCCGUCAUCUUCAGCUUGCCAUCCGAAACGAUGAGGAGCUGAACAAGCUUUUGGGUCACGUCACCAUCGCUCAGGGUGGUGUUCUCCCCAACAUCCACCAAAACCUUCUGCCUAAGAAGACAGGCAAGACUGGCAAGACCUCAAGCAUGGAGCUGUAAUCGGGUCAUUUGGUUCUGUUUUUCCAUGCGAUGGCAGGUUGUUUCGGUUGUCAUGACAAAGGGGUCACGGUUUAAGGGUUUACACGGUUGCUUUUCAUCAGUUUAUUCGCGCGUUCGGGUUGUACAAUAAUCCCCCACGGCUAUGGUCAUGAAAUAAGAAUACUUCUAAGAUCAACU